AUUAACCUAUUCUCCACUUCAAUAGCCGUCUCAAUCAUUAUCCUAGUUCUCCCCAUCAUAGCCUCAUUUACCAACAUUUUUAACCACAACAACUACCCCUAUUACGUAAAAACUUCAGUAUCUUAUGCAUUUAUAAUUAGUCUUAUUCCUUCACUAAUCUUCAUUAUCUCGAACCAAGAGACAAUAAUUUCUAAUUGACACUGAAUAACAAUUCAUACCCUAAAACUUACAACUAGCUUUAAACUAGAUUAUUUCUCUAUAUUAUUUACCCCAAUCGCACUAUUCGUAACAUGAUCAAUUAUAGAGUUCUCUAUAUGGUAUAUACACUCAGAUCCUAAAAUCAAUCAAUUCUUUAAAUACCUACUUAUAUUUCUAAUCACCAUACUCAUUCUAGUCACCGCCAACAACCUCUUUCAAUUGUUCAUCGGGUGAGAGGGAGUAGGAAUUAUAUCAUUUCUUCUUAUCGGCUGAUGACACGGUCGAACGGAUGCUAAUACCGCAGCCCUGCAAGCAAUUCUAUAUAACCGCAUCGGAGAUAUUGGCUUCAUUAUGGCUAUAGCUUGAUUUGCUAUUAAUCUUAACACAUGAGAAUUUCAACAAAUAUUUAUAUCAGAUAACAACAUUACUAUUCUUCCACUUAUUGGUCUAAUCCUAGCUGCUACAGGUAAGUCCGCACAAUUUGGUCUUCACCCAUGACUCCCCUCAGCAAUAGAAGGCCCAACUCCCGUAUCCGCUCUACUUCACUCAAGCACAAUAGUAGUAGCUGGAGUUUUUCUCCUCAUCCGUUUUCACCCUUUAUUAGAAAAUAACAAAACUGCCCAGACACUAAUUUUAUGUCUAGGAGCAAUUACCACCCUAUUUACAGCCCUAUGUGCCCUCACACAAAAUGAUAUUAAAAAAAUCGUAGCCUUCUCCACUUCAAGCCAACUAGGCUUAAUAAUAGUCACAAUUGGAAUUAAUCAACCUCACCUAGCAUUUCUACAUAUCUGCACCCAUGCUUUUUUCAAAGCUAUACUCUUUUUAUGCUCCGGAUCAAUUAUUCAUAGUCUUAACGACGAACAGGACAUCCGAAAAAUAGGAGGACUCUACAAAACCCUCCCCUUCACAUCCUCAGCUCUUACCAUUGGCAGCCUAGCCCUUACUGGUAUGCCAUUCCUAACAGGAUUUUAUUCAAAAGACUUAAUCAUCGAGUCUGCAAAUACGUCUUAUACCAACGCCUGAGCCCUUAUUAUUACCCUCAUUGCUACCUCCCUUACAGCUGUAUAUAGUACACGAAUUAUCUUUUUUGCCCUUCUUGGACAACCUCGCUAUCCUACCCUUAUUAUUAUUAAUGAAAACAACCCAUCAUUAAUUAACUCUAUUAAACGUCUCGCACUUGGAAGUAUUUUUGCAGGCUUCCUUAUCUCCAAUCUUAUUUCACCUAAUAAUGUCCCCCAAAUAACUAUGCCCUUAUAUAUGAAAAUAACCGCCCUAUUUGUCACUAUUUUAGGCUUUUCUAUUGCUAUAGAACUUAAUCAACUCAGCUUGCACCUAAAAAUAAGUACACAAUCUAACUCCUUUAACUUCUCAAAUAUACUAGGAUUUUACCCCGCUACAAUACACCGCCUCUUACCUUACAUUAAUCUUUCAGCAAGUCAAAAUGUAGCUACACUACUCUUAGAUAUGACUUGAACCGAAAAAGCAAUCCCAAAGAACAUCUCAGAUAUCCAAAUCCUCGCAUCAACCUCUGUAUCCUCACAAAAAGGCCUCAUCAAAUUUUACUCCCUAUCUUUCUUAAUCUCCAUGCUCUUAGCCCUAUUCAUCCUAGUCUAA